AUGAACGCCUUCAGAGACUCUACUUCUUCCACCCCAGCCGCUGCAUCGGGCGUCGCGACUCCAGCUUCAGCCACCGCUCCCACUUCGACCCGCGACACCCUCCAUGCUGUUUCAGCGACUCUAGGGCUUACAUCUCAAGGACUGGACCUUUGCCCUCACUGCUUCCGCGAGCUGUCGCAUUGCAACGAGAGGUUCUCCUUCGUCUAA